AUGUUUGAACGUCUCGAUAGUAUUUGGUAUAGACAACCUUGUGCUGUUUUAGGCUGUGGAAUUUUACUUUGGUGUUUGCUACUUUUAGUAAUGAUAUUUUUUUGGUAUAAAUGUUGUCAUAGAGGCAAUGGAGAAAACGAAAAAGAACAAAGAGAAUUUAUUAAAAUUCGUGAUGGAAGUGUUUGUGCUCCAAAUACAACAGUUUUGGGUGAUGCUUUAAAUGCUUUUUGGUCAUCAUCACAUGAACAACAACAGCAACAACAUUAUAAUGCUGGAACUGUUGAAACAUUUACUGGAACAUUAGUUAGAGGAGGGGGAGGAAAUUGUCAUCAUUUGAUAGGGCAUAAUUCUUCUGAAUUGCUAAGAAAUGGAGGGCAUACGGGAGGGAAUGAACUUGUCCAGUUGGGUCAUGCUUUGCAUCAUUAUACCGGUAAUCUUCAUUUGCCACAACAACGAUUUACUAAUCCUGAUGGUUCUCAAAUUGACCCACCCCCAAUUUCUCCCAGUCAUCAUUAUCACUAUACACAAUUACCGGAUAAUUUGAAUUCUCUAGAUAGAAAUGGUGGUCCUUUAAGUACUUUUGCUGCUGCUAGACAACAAAAAACACCUCCAAAAUAUUAUGAUGAUCCAUCUCCUUACGCAACAACAACACUUAUUAACCCUGAAAAUGCUAACAACAAUUUGUGUUGUAAUAGAAGUCAAGGACCAUCACUUCCAUUAAAUCCAGCACCAACAGAACCUCCACGUCAUUUUUUAUCCUCAGCGGCGGUGAUGCGGCCAGCAGCGCCAUACCACCACAACAAUAAAAGUUUCAAUGAAUUGUUGGAACUUGAAAAUAGUUGGCAUAACAGCAAUAAACAUCAAAAUCAAAAUAAACGCAUCGCCGCCGCCGCAACUUUACAACAACGACGACUUAGAAAAGCAUUUUUAGUUCAACAUCAACAUUUUGGGACAACAAGUAGAGGAGGAGGAACUGGUGGGAAAAGGAAUAAUUCUGGACAUUCUACACAGAGGAGAAAUAAUGGAGGUGGAAGAAGUAAAAGUGUUGCUACUUCAAAUCGUCAAUCUUCUACAAAUCCAAAAGAAGAAUGCUUUAAUAAUCAACGGAAAAAGCAACAACAACAAGAAAGUCCCCAAACAGAAAUAUCUUAUGUACAUUCUUGUGAAGGGUCAAACAAUAAUAAUUUAGAUGAAGCACCUCAAUAUGAUCCAGUAAUGACUGAAUCAAUUCAUCAAUUGGUUGUUGAAGCAAGUUCUCGUAGGAGAAAACGUGAAGAGCGUGAUCGAACAAGCUGUUCAAGUGCUCGUAAUAGAGUUAGCCUAAUUGAAGAUGAGGAACGUUCAGAACAAAAUCAUCCAUUAAUAGAAAAUGGUGUAGCUACUAAUUAUAAUGAAGAAGAAGAGGAAGAAAGGGAGGAUGAAUUGGAAGAUGCUGAUGGUGAAAUGAGUGAACAAAGUGAUGCUUAUAUUUCUUCAACAACAAGGAGUGGUGGAUGUGGUGGUGGGAAUAAUAAUUCAAAUAAAUUAUCUCUAGAUAAGGAAACUUAUUAUGAUUUUUCGCCUGCUCCAAAUCGUCCCAGUCGACAACCUAUGAUGGGUGUUAAUGUUAGUACUUUGUCUUCUUCGGGAAGACAAAGUAGCUAAAAAAAUAAAAAAUUUAUAAAAAAAAAGCAGAUAAGGGGAGUGAAAUAUUUUUAAUGACACCGAAAUCUGGAUUGGUGGUGGGGCAUUUUGGGGUGCGACAUUUUGGUGUUGAGACAUUAUGGAUGUGGGCCAUUUUCUGGUGAACCCAACAAGCACAAAGAAAUUUCGUGAUAUUUUCCCCAAAAACCUCAAAAUAUGCAUUAAAAUGUCCAUUUAUGCACCAAAAAUAUGCAUUUUAUACAAAUAGAAACCCCCUCUAAAGUUUUCAAAACAUGUUUUUUGUGCAUUAUGCAUCAUGCCAAGUUUGCAAAAAAAUAUGCAUUUGCAUAAAUUCCGGGUUCUAUUAAUUAGCCCCUGAUACCGAAUCCGACACAGAAACAGUUAACUUCCGGAAGAUCCUCUCCCAUAAUCCUCUCCUUGUCCUGUAAACCUUAUCUGCAAAAAAGAAUAUAUAAGAGAUUUAUCUGCUAUUUUUUCGCCUUUAUCUUUCCAUAUCUUGUUUUAAUCCAAAUAUAUAACUUUUACAGCAAUGAUCUCAAAAGAUUAUUAGGCUAAAUGUUUUUUUUUAAUAUUUAUUUUAAAAUACGAUCGAUUUUUGGUUUAUAUGUUUCUUCUCUCUUUUUCCCCAAAACAUUCGCCUAGCAUUCACCAUUUAUUUAUUUGUCCACUGCCAGAAAUUUUUGUUUGUUUUGAUAAAAACAACCAAAAGUUCACCUUCCCAAUAAAAAAAAAAGCUUUAUUUGACAAAAAGUAAAAUAUUUUAAAAAAUCUCUCUCUUAUAAUGUAAAGCAUAUAGGCGUAACUAUUUAAAGCCUAAGGCUAUGUAAGAAGCAGCACAUCAGUUCGGUAAAUAGAUAACAUAUCAGUCCGAGAUGCUCUGUUCUUUUUACAUCUUUUGCCAGACUUGGUAAUGGAUUUUCGUAUCUAUAUCCGAAUAUUUAUAGCAGAUACACGCGAAUAUCCGUAAGCAUUUUGAAAUUAUCUGUAUCCGUAUCCAUUACCAAGUCUUCCUUUUGUGUUAGCUGAGGGAGAGAAAUAGCUAGCCCAGUUCAGUUUUAAUAUAACGACAUUCUCCUUGUCUUUUUACUACUUUAUAGGGAGAUUCCACUUGAUUUGAUCUUUUGGUCUUUUCUUUGGUGAUUCAUACUUUCCUUUUUAAGUUCCCCGACUUGUCCCCUCUUUCCUCUCCACUAUUAUAUAUCUUUUUUUUCUCAACAUUUUGAAUGCUUAUUUUUGCAACACUAUACACUUGUAUUUUUUUUGCUUUUUUUGUUCUUCGUUUUACUCACAAUUUUCUACUAUUACAUUGAUUUUUGUAUUAUUUUUAUAGUUUACUUUACAAGUUGUUU